AUGGAGAACCCUACAUUAUCACAGGCCAAGCUUCUCAAUGUUUCGCACAAUUUCAGCACAACUACCACAGAUAUUCCAUUAGAACGCCCCCAAUCGCCCAAAACCCCCAAAACCCCUAGCGCACAAUCACAACACCAGAAUCAUCGGCUGAAUCAAGUGGUUGAAAAAAUACCGUCGACGUUAGAUAGGUCGCCCCUUGGUAAGCCUAUUGAUCAUAUAAAUGUAAUUCUGGCUCAAUGGUGGUGGUGGGAGAUCGGCGCAUCUGUACUAAGCAUUGUCGGUAUUCUACUCGUGGGUUUGGUACUGUACCGAAUAGACAGCAAUACACUCCAAAACUGGCUGUACUCUAUCCAACCAAACUCACUUAUUUCCGUCCUUACGACAGUUUCGAAGGCAUCUAUGAUGGUCCCUAUCGCAUCCAGCAUUAGUCAAUUAAAGUGGCAACAUUUCUCUUACCGACCAAAUACUCUCAAUAACCUCCAACUAUUCGACGAUGCGAGUAGGGGUCCAUGGGGAUCAUUAACGGCAUUACUUAUGGUGAGGCCUCGUGCGAUUACUCUCUGGGCGUUGUCAAUAGUUACUCUUGUAGCUCUUGGUAUUGAGCCAAGCGCGCAGCAGAUCUUACAGGUAUCCACCAGACCAGCAGCUCUAAGCAAUGUGACAGCAACGAUACCAUCAGCGCAAAACUACUACUCGCAUGCGUGGACACGAUCAACUGCCGAUCUUAACAAUAUCGCUUUGAUCAAAGCACAAAAUGCGAUAAUGAACGGCGCUGUGGGUAUUCUCCCACAGAUGAAUUAUUCCUGCGGUGGACCAGCCACAGGAUGCACCUGGGACGAAUACACGACUCUUGGAGUCUGUAGCGAGUUCAAAAACGUCACGAACGACAUUCCAAAACAGUGCUUCGUAAACGAGACAUCCGACAAACCUAGUUACACUACUACCUGUUCCUACAACUUCUCCGCAGUACACGACGCCACUUACCUCACUCUGGAGAGUGGUAUGCCGCCUUCGGAAAACAAUGUGCUGAACUUGACUUGGAGUCUCCCAGACCUAGAAACGAAUGAGAACAAGUUGUACUAUAUGAUGGCGACGGGCUCCCUCUCACUCCCGCUAUAUUUGAGUAGCUGGGCGGGGUUAGACAUCAUUAAGUAUCGCCCACCGAAUGACGAUACGCUCUCCAUCGACGUAACGGAUUAUGUUACCAAUCCCCUCACGCGCGACGCUGAAGCAUAUACCAUCCAAUGGUAUUGGUGCGCUCAGACAUAUAAGAAUGUUACUGCUACGCCUAUAGGUAUCAUAAGUGCUAAAAAGACGGAAGAGAAGUUAUUCAACAUGAGCCCGGAUGGAGACCCAACAGGCAACGGCGUAUAUCGGAUGAACAGCACGGGCAUGGUGUUCAACAUAUCCGGCGAUGUAGAAAACCAACUAUUCAACUUCGUAGCAUCGACAUUUACAACCAACCUGACGGACCUAAUGUCACAUUUCAGUGGUUCUGGAGGAGUCGAUCUAGGUCGGUUCUUGUACAACACGGAUCUCUCUGUAUUCGCAAAGAACGUCGCAGAUACCCUAUCGCUCGGAAUUCGAAACCCGGCCGAUAAUAUGAACACCACUAUGGUCGUGGGCAAAGCAUCGUGCAUUGAAACAUUUUACGACGUGCGAUGGGUUUGGCUAAGUCUCCCCAUUGCAGAGACGAUUUUAACUGCUGCGCUUCUCACCUUGACAAUUGUCCAAACUCGUGAGCAGCCACUUUUCAAAACAUCUCUAAUAGCUCUCUUGAUAUACGGGCUAGAUGGCUGGAAGGAAUCCGAAUUUAGCUCUGCGAGACCUAUGUCAGGCCCAGAACUGGAGAAUUUAGCUGACAGGAUGCAAGUAAAGCUCGGCAACAACGCAGCGGGAGAUUUACGGCUCAUCAGAACAGAUUCAACCACCCGCGAUUGA